AGGCGCGGCGGGGCGGCCAGCCGGUGCCCAGGGAUGUUCGGCCGGAGUCGGGGGCGGCCCGGGGCCUCGGGGGGGCUGGGGCGGCUCCUCCCGCUGCUGCUGCUGCUGCUCGGGGGCGCCGCGGGCCGGAUCCACCGCCUGGUGCUGACGGGCGAGAAGAGGGCUGACAUCCAUUUGAACACCUUUGGCUUCUACGCGAAUGGCUCCCUGGAGGUGAAUGUGAGCCGGCUGCAUCUCAGCCUUGGCAGCGCCAAGCAGGACAAGCCUUGGGUUGGCUUCAGCUUGUCCAGGACGAGGAUUCGCGAGGCCCUCUCCUACCCAUUUUCCUCUCUGCAGGGAAAGGAAUCUCAUAACUGCACCUUGGAACAAACCGGAGCGGAGUCACGAAUCCUCUUCCUCGUUGACGUCAAACAGAAAAAGGUCCAAGUGCGGCAGCUCGGCGAGCAGAAGAAGCUGCAGAUUUAUUCCGGUCUGCUCCCCGAGGUGCAGAAUGGGGACUCGGAUAGCAAGGACCAGGCUGCUGCCAAUAAAGGCACAGAAGGACAGCAGAAAGCGCCUGGUAAAGUGCCUGACGCGGAUGACUCCCAGAAGAAGACAGCGGCCGAAGGCAAGCAGCAGGAUUCCAGCCACGGAGGGGAAAAUCUGUUCCUAGAUCUCGACAGCGUGAACGACUCCUACAACUUCAGCUUCCACGUAGUGAUCGGCUCAGAGGCGGAAGGGCUGUACAACCUCAACUUUCACAACUGCCACAACAGAGCCCCGGCAAACCAGAUGCCGUACGACAUCACCGUGAUGAUCCGAGAGAAGAACCCGGACGGGUACCUGUCGGCUGCCGAGAUCCCCCUCAUCAAACUCUAUCUGGUCAUGUCCGCCUGCUUCCUGGCCGCAGCCACUGUGUGGGUCUACUUCCUCUGCCAGCACAAGUUCAGCGUGUUCAAAAUCCACUGGCUCAUGGCUGCCUUAGCAUAUACCAAGGCCCUUUCGCUCCUCUUUCACAGUAUCAACUACUAUUUCAUUAACACCGAGGGUCACCCGAUCGAGAGCUUAGCCGUCAUGUACUUCGUGACCCACCUGCUGAAGGGCGCCCUGCUCUUCAUCACCAUCGCGCUGAUCGGGACAGGCUGGGCCUUCAUCAAGUACAUCCUGUCAGACAAAGAGAAGAAGCUCUUCGUGAUUGUCAUCCCCCUGCAGGUGCUGGCAAACAUCGCUUACAUUAUCAUCGAGUCCUCGGAGGAGGGCAGCAGUGACUACGCCUCCUGGAAGCAGAUCCUCUUCCUGGUGGACCUGCUCUGCUGCGGGGCCAUCCUCUUCCCUGUGGUGUGGUCCAUCCGCCACCUUCAGGAGGCCUCCAGCACAGAUGGCAAAGCUGCCACAAACCUGGCGAAACUGAAGCUUUUCAGACAUUAUUACGUCAUGGUGGUGUGUUACAUUUACUUCUCCCGCGUCAUUGCCAUCCUGCUCAAAUUCACCGUCCCCUUCCAGUGGCAGUGGCUCUACGAGCUCCUGGUCGAAGUAUCCACCUUGGUUUUCUUCAUCCUAACGGGAUACAAGUUCCGCCCGGCUUCAAACAACCCUUAUCUACAGCUGCCCCAAGAGGAUGAGGAGGAGGAGGAGGAACUGCAGAUGAAUCAGGUGGUCACAGAAGCCGGCAUCCAUGAGGGUCUCUCCAAGCUGAAGAAGAGCAGGGCCAUCCGCGAGGCGGUGUGAGGCCUAUCCACCCAGACUGUUGCUAGCGCUCGGGCCGUGGGGAGGCCGCCGGGUCCAAGCCUGCGGCCCGGCUGAAGAUUCCCAAGCAGGACAGAGAAAUCGGGGGUUUUGUGUUGAAUUCCUGCCUCUCUGCUCCCCUGCCCCACCUUGUGGCAGUGCUAAGAACUGCAUGGCCCUGUGCAGUUCCAGCAGCUGUUCCCAGAACCAGGCCUGUUCUCCGGACUGCAGGAAGUUCAGACGAACUCUGGAUGGCUGAGGGCUGCUGUCUCUUGUACGGGGCGGCGGGUGGGGAUUUUGGCCCUUCUCCUUCAAGAGUGGUUUCCAGACCCAAUUCAUGCAUUCCUGCUGUUGGCUUAGAUGCGUCCUCCACUAGCAGCCCCCCCCCCCCCCCAUCGGCUCUCCUACCCCCUUCUCCUUCACUCCAUUGACUAGCUGGGGCCAACCAGCCUGCCUAGCAAAGGUGGAGCUGGCGUUAAACACCAACAUCUGGCUGGGGUCAAAGAGGUCCUGUACCAGUGGGGUGAGUCGAUAGAUCAUUCCCAGGCAGAGGAGAAAUAAGUCACAAUCUUCAGCUGAGACUAAGAUCUCACCAGCCUGAGGGUUGCUGGUGGUGCUGAGCAACAGGCCAGGAUCUAGACAACAUCUGAGCAGUGACGCUUGGCUCACGCUCAUCUCGAUCUCGGUGGCACCCCGAAAG